AUGGAGCGCAAUGUUAAACGAAAAGUGCAACCUCGCCAGCACGUGUGCGCCCCGCGCGCGCAGCCGCCGCUGCUCUCGGAAAACUGCGCCGCAUUCGCGCGCUUCUCGGCUUCUGCGCCGCCGCCGCCGCCGCCCGUGCGCCGAGCACGUCGACGUCACGUUGCGCAACGCGACGCAACCUCAGGUGACGCCGCGCAGCGCGUCGCGGUGACCGCUCGGAAAACUACCGGCGCUUUCUGGGCGGGUGGCGGCGCGCUCGCAGACCCAACAACAGAGACGCGCCGCUUCCUGAGGCGAUGCAGAGGUUCCGGAGCCAAGGCGGGCGCUUCCCGGGGCCCUGGGGAAUCGAGCCCCAGGGUCGUCUUCCCUUCCGGGAAACUGGAGACGUCCGCCGAGGGCUGCAGCCGGGAAGGUGCUCGGCCCUGGGGGCUGGGCGGAAGCUCACUGCGUCCCUCAGGGCAUCUCCUGUAA